AUGCAGCCGACUUCGACGAAGGAGGCAUCGGCAGCAGAGUGGCCGACAGAGGAGCAGGCAGCUAUGAAGCCGACCACGAAGCAGUCGGCGACCGGCCAGUCGGCAGGGGAGCCGACCACAGGGGAGACGUCGGAAGGGAAGCCUACUGAGGUGCAGCAGGACGAUGAGGGCAGUGAAGCCGGUGAUGAUGGAGGGGACGUCGAGGAGUCCACCAACAGCGAUGUUGUGGAGGUCCCGACCAGACCGCGGCAGUCUGGCCGAAUUCGGAGGCCACCCAACUUCUACGUACCGGCUGCCUUCACCACGGCGUACGACAACGACGACGUCGGUCUGGCGUACGAUGACGCUGAGGACGACAAGGAGUUUCCGGAGCUCGACCCCGACAUGCAUGCCGGCCCUGAGCACCGUUCGGACAUCUCCACGAUGACGGUGAAGGAGGCGUUGGCGAGCUGGAAGGGCAAGGCGGUGAAGGCCACCAUGGAGGAGGAGAUCCGCAGCAUCCUCAGCAUGGGGUCGUAG